UAUCAGAGGUGGGGGACCAGGCAGGCAGGCAGGAUACUGGGCAGAGCCACAUGGGGGUAGUUAAAGCUAGAGUGAACUCAGGCUUGGUUGUUAAGUGAGGCUCCCAAAAGGAUUUCCUGGAGCACUUUUGCCUGCCAGGCAGAGGCACGAGCCGGGUGGUCAAGGGACUGAAGGAUGUUUAUAUGCAAACUAGUUCAAGAGCUGCUAGAAGAUGCAAGUUGCACUUGUUCAGCUGAGGAAGCUGCAGCUGUUAGCAUUCAUGAUGUAGUUAAAGGUUUAUGGUAAUAUUUUAGCAAUGCAUGUUGUAACAUUAUUGCUAGAAAACACUCUGGGCCUCUCACAUAAUAAGCAAAAUACUCCUGAAUGCACUGAGGCUGGAAGCAGCACACGGGAUAGUGGAGCAGCACCAGCAGUGGUGGCCCUCAAGCUGCUCAGAGAACGGGGACUGAAUGUGGGCUGGGGACUGCAUGGGGCUGGAGGAGCAGCUGCCUCUGCGUGGGAAUGUGGGUGGUGAGCAGGAGGCUGACAAGCAUCUCAGCAACAGCUCUGGAGUUAGAUCUGUUGCAAGCAGUACAUUGCAAACAAUAUUGGGUACACUAACUUAAUGUGUAAAAACACAGUAAGGUACCACUGAGCUGUGGUGCUUGUUUGGUCCCUCAGUGCUAAACCAGUGGUUGGAAUGCAAAAGAUUGUUGCACGCACAGCUAGAAGACAAACUGAUGUCUCUUGCUGUGCACCUCUGCAUGCACAAGCUUUUGCAUAACCUUUCUGAAAUCAGAAAUUCUCUGCACAUUUAUCCUCUGUUGCCAAGUACCAAAUGCAGGCACUAGGGAAUCCCACAAAGCAGCCAUACAGAUUAGCUCCUAGCAGUAAUAGUAAUCCACUCAGUCCCACCUCAACAAAUCCUGCUUUCCCUAGGAGGGAGUCACUGCCUUUUAGAAAUCCCCUUAUUCACUGGCAGCUCCUGGACAGGGGCACCAGGCUCCGCUCCUCAGUGCUACUGCAGUAGCUUCAGCCAUUGACUUCUCUCCAUAAAAAAAAAAAAAAAAAAAGCAGCACUUAGGUGGAUCCCACAAGGUACCUCCUAUGUCCCUGGAGUGGGGUCAUCACUUCCACUUCUCAGCUGGCCUCCCAGCGGGCACUGUGGGAGUCCAGAGCUGCAGCAGGCUGAGAGAGCUGGGUUUGGGAUGGGACCAGCCCAGCUCCUCACACAUCUUGGAAGGCAAAUCCCAGCACCAGCACCACAGGGAUGCGCAGGAUCCUUUCCAACAACCUUCCCCGAAUGACCCAGAUUGCAUCAACGGGCUCUGGAGGGAGCUUGCAGCCAGUGCUCUCCAGAUGGGAGUGUAGGAUUUGCAACAUGGGGCCCCAGAGAGAAAAGCAGCACAACGAUGGGAAAGGAAAGCAGAAGGCCUCAGCACCCUUCCCACUACUACAGCUGGUCCUUCCAUCGCCCCACUGCAGCAAGCAAAGCCAACACUGGGCAACCCUCUAAAAUGUUUAUUUGGACCAGUGGCCGGAGCUCUACAUCUUACAGACACGAUGAGAAAAGAAAUAUUUACCAAAAAAUCAGGGAUCAUGAUCUACUGGACAAAAGGAAAACAGUCACAGCCCUAAAAGCUGGAGAAGACCGGGCCAUACUCCUCGGGCUGGCCAUGAUGGUGUGCUCUAUCAUGAUGUUCUUCCUCCUGGGAAUCACCCUGCUGCGGUCCUACAUGCAAAGUGUCUGGACAGAAGAAGCUCAGUGCUCGCUUCUCAACGCAUCCAUCACUGAAACCUUCAACUGCUCGUUUAGCUGCGGCCCAGACUGCUGGAAAAUCUCUCAGUACCCCUGCCUGCAGGUGUACGUCAAUCUCACUUCUUCUGGCCAGAAGCUUCUGCUCUACCACACCGAAGAAACAAUGAAAAUUAAUUCUGAGUGUUCGUACAUACCCAAGUGCGGCAAGAAUUACGAGGAAUCCAUGUCGAUGGUGAACGUUGUGAUGGAAAACUUCCGAAAGUAUCAACGCUUCUCCUGCUUCUAUGAUCCUGAGGGCACUCAGAAGAACGUGAUAUUGACCAAACUGUACAGCUCCAACGUGCUGUUCCACUCGCUCUUCUGGCCCACAUGCAUGAUGAUCGGCGGCGUUGCCAUCGUCGCGAUGGUAAAGCUGACUCAAUACCUUUCUCUCCUCUGUGAGAGAAUCCAAAGGAUCAACAGAUAAGGAUGAAAACUCCUCCAAGAGUUAAUUACAGAUAAAAUACUGUUUUCUCAUUCUUCACCAAAGAACCUUAAGUUUGUAACGUGCAAGUCUGUUGUAAGUUCCUUACUAUAUUCUUAUAAGUAGAGCAAUAAUGCAAAAGCUGUUCUAUAUGCAAACAUGAUGUUAUUAUUAUGCAGACAACUGAAAAAAUUACUGUUUGUGUUGACGAUCUUGUUUGAUGCUGAGACCUGUACUUCUUCCCUUUCUACAGCCAGAAUUGGGCUCAAUGUGACCAUUUGCCAUACUCAGCCAAUUGACUUUCUCAAUGUAAAGGAUUCUGGGGAAAUUCACGCCUGGAGAAAAGGCAGCAAAUGACUUGUGCAUCACUGAGGUCUCACCUCUGGCUCAGCCCUGCCAAUGGAUUUCUGGUUUUGCCUUGUUAUUAUUGGUUGCAGGGGAAAAAAGUAGGGAAACAAAACAGGCUUUUUUGCAAGCAGGUGGCGCCACACGGACUACUGCGAGGCCAGGAUAAGUAUGAGUGUUUUCUGCCUAAGUAGGACUUGGCGAUGCUAUCUGUUAGCUCCCCCAGUUCAGAAGUAAAUUUCACCCAGUGGUAUGUACAGUCUUUUGCAAACACUUUGGAGUUUUAUUUAUUUUAUGCUGUAUUUUCCUUCUGUCUUACCAACAGCAUCUUUGUCAUCUGCAGAAGCUGUAGCCAAAAAAAAAAAAAAAAAAAAGAAACCAACAAAAAUCACCUUGUUCCAUUUUGUACUUCAGUGUGAGCCCUGCUGAUGGAGAUGGGACCAGA